AUGGUAUUAAGGAGAGCGGACGAAAAGCAACGCUGUAUAGGAGCCCAAGCCAUGAGGUUUCGCCAGCGUCGCCAUGUGGUCAUGAAUUGCGCCUGGCCCUUCUGCGCCUCAAGAUAUACGACUGGGGUUUUCUUUCAGACAAUUUUCCCUGGAGGGAAGAAUGGCGCAGGAGGGAAUGAGGAGGAGCAAGCUAGGCGGGAAACAAAGGGCGGCAACUUCAGUAAAUCCAGAAGCAUAAAACGUGCAGUCCAAACCAAGGAGCAAAAUCGGACGGAGAUCAACCCAGCUAAGAGGCAUCUGCCAAAAAUCAAUCCAGCCAAGAAGCAACCUACUUAA